AUGAACUACCACCCUCGGGUCGUAAAUGUCCUUUUUGUGCAGGUUGGGAGGCAGGGUGCCUGCAGGCUAGACCGUGCAGUUUGUGAUCAGCAGUCAGCUAGGAAGACACCGUGUGCACCGCAGGAUGCCAGCCUAGAAGUGGUGGCCAAGCCCCUGAAGGUGUCCAUCCUGGGCUCAGGGAACUGGGGAUCAGUCAUUUCAAAAAUCAUUGGGAGCAAUGUGAAGAACGAAAAGAAGUUCGCCUCCACAGUCAAGAUGUGGGUAUUUGAAGAAACGGUCAAUGGGAGGAAGCUGACGGAGAUCAUCAACAGUGACCAUGAAAAUGUAAAGUACCUGCCUGGACACAGGCUGCCGGAGAAUGUGGUGGCCACGCCGAGCCUCAGCCAGGCUGUGCAGGACGCCGACCUGCUGGUGUUUGCCUCCCCCAACCAGUUCAUUCGAACAGUCUGUGAUGAGAUUGCUGGCAUCGUGCCCAAGAAGGCCCUGGGCCUGUCCCUCAUCAAGGGCAUAGAGGAGGGCCCUGAGGGCCUGAAGCUGAUCUCCGACAUCAUCCGAGAGAAGGUGGAGAUAGACGUCAGUGUGCUGAUGGGGGCCAACAUAGCCAACGAGGUGGCCGAAGAGCAGUUCUGCGAGACUACCAUCGGCAGCAAGGUGUUCCAGAACGGCCUUCUCUUCAAAGAGCUGCUGGAGACCCCCAAAUUCCGAGUCACCGUGGUGAAAGAGGCAGAGGUAGUGGAGCUGUGUGGGGCUCUAAAGAACGUCGUCUCCCUGGGGGCCGGCUUCUGCGACAGCAUCUGUUGCGGAGACAGCACCAAGGCUGCUGUCAUCCGCCUGGGCCUCAUGGAGAUAAUUGCCUUCGCCAGAGCUUUCUGCAAGGACCAGGUGUCCACAGCCACGUUCCUGGAGAGCUGUGGGGUGGCUGACCUCGUCAGCUCCUGCUACGGGGGGCGGAACCGCAGGGUAGCUGAAGCCUUCGCCAGGACAGGAAAGAGUAUUCAACAGUUGGAGAAGGAGUUGCUGAACGGACAGAAGGUACAAGGGCCGCGCACCUCCGCUCAGACGUACCACAUCCUCAAGAAGAAGGGGCUCCUGCACAAGUUCCCAUUGUUCACAGCGAUCUAUCAGAUCUGCCACGAGGGCAGGCCUGUCGGAGAGCUGCUAUCCUGUCUGCAGAACCAUCCAGAGUACAGGUGA